GCCAAAAACGGUGCCUCUGAUCUCAUGCUUCCUCGACUUCGUCGCUGAUGUCAGAUCGAACCGAGAUGGCCAUCAGAAGGCCAAGCAAUUAUAUCAUGAGCUCUGCAUUGGCUGGAUCUUGGCGCCUGUCAAUUGAUUAAAUCUUGCAUGCGGAACGAAGCCUCGCCGCCCCUGGAGAGUCUCUUGAGCCUAGAGUCGAGGACACUACGAAUGCUAGAAGCCUCGAGGCUACCGUCCGGCGCACACGGCCAGUAUGGAGCCCGACGAGUCGAACUACGAACUCGACGCCUUGCUGGAGGACGAUGGAGUCAGUCCUCGAGGAUCCACUGGCGAAAGGACGUCUUCGGAAUACGACAUGGUGGAAGGUGGUCAUUCCCAGCUACGAGAACGGAAACCUGGACGAAAAGCUGCCGGUGAUGACCGACUCUCAACGUUCUACCAACCUGUCGAGUCGUACGAAGGCAGGCAUCGAUGGGAUCCCAAGUUUCAAUGGACGCCGGCUCAGGAACGGAAAGUUGUUCGCAAGAUUGAUCGAAGAAUCUGCAUAUGGAUCUGCGUCAUGUUCUUCGCCCUGCAAGUCGACAGAGGCAAUAUCUACCAGGCACUCUCCGAUGAUAUGCUCGACAACCUCAACAUUACGACAAACGAAUACAACUACGGCCAGUCGAUCUUCUUCCUCGCGUUCAUCCUUGCUGAGCUGCCAUCACAGCUUGUGUCCAAGCGACUAGGCCCCGAUACUUGGUUGCCGAUGCAGAUGGUCGCUUGGUCUGUGAUCGCCAGUCUUCAAUCGCUGCUUUCUGGGAAAUGGUCAUUCUGGAUUACUCGAGCACUUAUCGGAAUCUGUGAAGGAGGCUUCAUUCCUACCGUCGUCCUUUACCUGUCUUAUUUCUACAAUUCGACCGAGCUACCCAUCCGCCUCAGCUAUUUCUGGUUAACCAAAGAACUAUCCGAUAUGAUCUCCGCGCUCAUUGCAUACGGCAUCCUUCACAUGCGCGGAGUUCUCGGAAUAGCAGGAUGGAGAUGGCUCUUCGCCCUCGAAGGCAUCCUGACCGGCUCCAUAGGCAUCAUCUCCUACGUCUACCUCCCGCCCUCCCCAACGCAAACUGCAUCCAAAUUCCGAGGAGAAAGGGGGUGGUUCAGUGUCGAGGAAGAAAAGAUCAUGGUCAACCGCAUCCUCCGCGACGACCCGAGCAAAGGCGACAUGCAUAAUCGCGAAGCCCUCACACCAUCCAUGAUCUGGCACUGUCUCACCGAUUACCACCUCUGGCCUAUCUACCUUAUCGGUCUCUCGUGGGAAAUGCCGGUCGAGCCUAUAGCGCAAUACAUGACGCUCACCCUCCGCGGCGCCGGCUUCGACACUUUCACCGUCAACUUGCUCACGAUCCCCGCGUACGCCUUUUGGAUGAUGAACCUGCUCAUAGUCACUCGCGUAUCGGAAUGGAUUAACGAGCGCUUCUUGCUCUCUACCAUCUCGCAAUUCUGGAUCUUGCCAAUCUUGCUUGCAUUGGAGUUGCUUCCGGUGCCGCGCAAUCACUGGACCGUUUGGUUCCUCACUGUUCUUGCUUUCGCGCAACCGUACGUCCACGCAAUGCUUGUUGGCAUCGCGAGUCGCAAUUCGGGCUCGGUGAGACUGAGGGCUGUCUCGGCUGCGCUGUACAACAUGAGCAUCCAGGCGUCGAACAUCAUUGGAUCGAAUAUCUACCGAGAAGACGAUGCCCCAUAUUACUUUCGCGGCAAUAAGAUCUUGAUGGGAGUGGCAUUGUACAAUAUCUUUCUAUUCGUGGGCACGAAAUGGUUUUACGUCGUCCAGAAUAAGCGCCGAGAUCGCAUAUGGCUGAAUAUGUCGGAGGAGGCGAGAAGGCAAUAUCUUGCCAACACUCGGGACCAGGGAAAUAAGAGGCUAGACUUUAGAUUUGCUCAUUGAGCUGGCAAUGCAUAGCGUAUUGAUAUCUAUACUGCA